CCACGAUUAAUCAAUGAGAGAAGCACAAAGCCCGGUCGGAGUGUUUCGCGAAUGAUCGGGGACAGCAAAGCUGCAAUAAUUAUCAAUUUAACCUAACUUUGUUGAAAAAUUUACUAAUAUCGAAAUAAAAAGUUAUAAGUGGGUCUUAGGAGGUAGAUUUUAUCGCGGUGAAACGCCAAUUUGGAGCAAAUCAGAUCGAGUCGACUUUCUUUUCGCCAUGAUACGCCUUUCCUUUCUCCCUAAUUAUUAUAUCAUGCUGCAUCUGAGUGCGUAUUUUCCGUGACGUAGAUUCUACGCUGGCAAACGUGCUGUUACUUGGUUGGAUGCCGUUUUAACCAUAUUUUCGCCGGAAAUUGGUGAAAAAUAUAUCAAAACAAUAUAUUUUUCUCAUCCAAUAGUGAUUGCUUCAACAUGAAAACAAGUGCAUAGUUAACAAACAGCCGAAUAAUGAAUAUAAGUGACGUUUUCCUGGCAUGUGGUGAAGAAGGGAAUGGCAAUAUGGACCUCUCGUUGAAUUAUGACAAUACCGAACUUAUGAGUUCAGAAUUUUUUGAUUCUGUUCUAUCACUGGAAAAUGACUUGGAAGAAGGAUUUCUCUCAAACUUUGAAGAUGAUAAUAACAUGUCAAGUGAUGCUAGUCAUAGUGACGAUGUGCUUUCACCUGAAAGUUACUAUUCGGAAAGUGAUAAAAAUAGUACAUAUAGUGCAGAAAAUAACGACAAUGAAGCAACCUCCGUUUUAAAUAACAUUGAUGGCAUUGAUGACCCAAUUCUACUAUCGUUUCUGGAUACUAUCACCCAACAACAAGAUACUAAGCAAAUUUCUGCUUCAAAAUCACCAGCUUCGGGUGUUCUACCUCAGCGUACACCAAGAGCCACGAAAAUAUUGAUUCAGAAUCCUUCAAAUAAGAAAUGUAUUGCAAAGCCCAUCAGUAAUGCUACAUUAAGAAAAUCUUCUAUUAAAGGCAAACCUCAAAUAUUGAAGGUGCAACAGAUAACCAAUAAUGGCCGGCCAGUGCUAUUGCCUUUGAGUUUUAAAAGUAUCAAAAUACUGAACUCCUCUGCUGAUGUCGCCGCCUUAUCUAACGGUAGAAAGCGCAAAAUUGGAACUAUCGACAUUGAGCAGGAUGACGAUGAUGAUUCUGACAGACAUCCAGGAGCAAACCACCAAUACCCUCCAUUAAAUUUAAACAAUGAAGAGAAGAGGUUACUUUCCAAAGAAGGAAUUCAGCUGCCCAGCCAUUAUCCUCUAACCAAGAAUGAAGAAAGGGAGCUCAAAAGAAUAAGACGAAAAAUUCGCAAUAAGAUAUCCGCUCAAGAUUCGCGGAAAAGGAAAAAGGAGUAUGUGGAUGGGUUGGAGGAAAGGGUAAAGCGAGGAUCCGAUGAAAACAAAAAUCUGUUGCAAAGAGUUCGUGAACUGCAAAGGCAGAAUCGUACUUUGAUUGCCCAUGUGAAUCGGUUACAAGCACUAAUUUGCAAGUCUUCAACGUCUAAAGCGACUCCGUCGACAUGCCUAAUGGUUGUUUUGCUUUCUGCACUUCUCGUAUCGCUUCCCAACAUGCGAUUGUUUCAAAACAAACAGAUGUCCACUGUGAAUGAGCAAGCUGGCAUUAGGCGAUCUCUACUUAGUGAUCUUCAGGCAACAGAAGAUGAUUUGAACAUGGAGGAGUUCCUAGUAUUUAAAGAUGACGAUCCCGAAUAUGUGAACAAAUUCGGCGAUGAAGUCCAUGGGGUAGAUAACUUCACUUUGGAUAACAUAAUUACAGAACAUGGUAGCAGAGUGAUAGAAAAAAUGAGAAAUUUAAUUUCUCAAAAAAGUGGCGAGGUUUUAGACAUCAACCUCGCAAGAUUUGGAGGAACUUACAAUAAGAACGGCUUUAUUGAACCGGAUAUUGAUGAUUACCAUCCUGGUGAUGAGGGACCUCCUUUAAAAAGAGCCAGAUUUGCGAGCGAUUUUAUCACUUCUAAAGGAGGAGGCGAACCUGUCGUCUCGUCAACAUUUACGAACCAAGUAAUAAAAAAAAUAUAAUUUCAUUAACGUCUUAAAUAGGCAAUAUAUAUUUGAUAUAAACUAUGAAAAUAAAUAUUAUAUGCCGCCACAAAAUGUUGAAAAAUCCCGUUGUUUCUUCGUUAGCUGUUUUACGUGAUUGUCCUAUUGUACCGCAUAAAAUGUAUUUUUGUUGCAUUCCAUAAUUUACAAAAUUCUACUACUACUAGAAGAGUUACAUUUUUGAGAUUUUGUAUUUUUUUUAGUCAUAUUUAAUAUUGUUUUAUUGAAAUCGAGAGUUUAUUUAUAUAGUAAUAUAUCUGUAUAUCAGUAACUAUUGCGUCAACAAUAAAAGGCCUUUAAAAUGUU